GGACAACUGGACUGGGAGAAUGAAAGUGAAAGUAGUUUGUCCUUUAACACAAACCUGCAGCUCUCUCCUUUGUUUGGGAGGUGGCUCUGGUUGUGGACUUUGUUCUGAAGACCUUCCAGACAAACUGAAUCAUGGCAGCAACAGAAACUGAGACUGCAGUGGGGCACAGUACUGUCAGUGAUGCCCCUGCUCACAGUAACAACAGUAACAGCAGCAUGGAUGGAACACGUCCAAACUUCUCUGCUGAGGAGAGAGGACUCCCUGGUGAUCUCUUAGAGAGCAGCAAAGAGUUCAUAAGACUUUAUGAAGAACAUCAUCCAAAACUCCAACAAAUCAUUGACAAGCUGUUUAUGAACUCUGAGGAGUUUUUAGAUAUACACUGUAAAGCAACCAAAGUGAAGAGAAAAUGGGGACUAGCUUCAGUAAAAGGAGUUUUAGGUAUGUUACUGAGUCACUUCACUUGUGGUGUUUCUGUGCCUGUGUUAGGGGCAGGAGGUGUGACUGCUGGUGGAGAAAGAAGCCACAUAACUUACAAAACCAAAAAAGAAAUGAGGAAAGUUCUAGAGGAGGAGAAGAAGGAUCUGAAAAAUUUCAAAACACCAGCUGAUACAGUCACCAGUCAUCUAAAGAGCAUCUGUUACCACGUUGAGAAGAUACUGCGGUAUCAAAAUAAGCAGUAUUCUCGGCUAGAACAUGAGUAUGAAGGUCUCAGAAAGACCGAGGAUGGUUUAGCAAAGCUUGCUAAACUAAUUAAGCCAGAGGACCUACAAAGACUGUUAGAGCAGUUAAAGAGAACUUUAAGAACGACACAAAACAUUAGGCCACUUGCUCACAUUCAUUCACUUAGUAUUCACUCUCGAUUCACUUUUGAAGACAGAAACACACUUAAAGGCUCAGAUAAACUGAAAAAACAAUCUACAGUGCAGGAAAAUGAACAAGAAUCAGAAGCAAGAUGGCUCAUUUGGAAGAUGAAGGACUUAGGUGAUCAUUUUCAGAGCACUUUAAAAGAAAUGAGGUCUUCAAAAACAGAGAUAGAGAGGGUGAUUAUACCCAAACUCAAUAAGUACUUCAUACUACAGAGAGAAAAAUGCAAACAGACAGAUUAAAACUCUUUGAAAACUGUUUACUUGUGAACAAAACCAGCACACAGCAGUAGUUAAACAGCAAUGACUUUGCCACUUUAGAAUUUUUCUCGAUUACUAACUAAUUUAAUGUAACUGUCUUUCUGGCUGAAAGAGGUAUUUUAAGUGUUAUGUGUUACUGACCCCCCUUGAUUUGACUCAUGGGAUUUGCAUUUGCUCUCCACUACUUCUGUUUUUGUGUCAUAACUCAGUUUGUCUCAAAGGAACGAUAUAUCCUUGAGCUACUAUUCUGUAAAUAUUUUGGUUUGCAUUAUUACAUUAAAAUGUAUUAUCAUUGUAUAUAUCAGUUUUAUUUUACUGUUCUGUGUUACAUACAUACGUGUUCUUUUUCUUUAAAAGAUAUCCAUAACAUGAUGCCUGAGACCUGCAUCAAUACCUCCACAAACAUAAGGAUGUAUUUGUGAAGUGCCUAACACUACUGCAUGUUUUACUGUAGUCUUUACUGUAGAGUUAAAUCAGCUAAUCACUUUUAUAGUUACUUGUUUACACACAUUUAAGGAAACAGUGUUUCUACUCCCACCCAAAACACACUUUCUAAAUCUUCACAUCCUCACCUGCAAAUACCAGGAAGUUAAAUAUUCACAGCAAAAUGCCAAACAUAUCGAUGGUAUAAAAAUCUGCUACAAACAAGGUUUUUCACACUGCACAGAGUAAAACCUGUAUUUUAUAUACCAAAUCUUUUCCUCUCAGUGGUUCUUUCUCAGUGUUCUUUUUGAAGGCCAAAAAACAGGUUUUUUUGCAUGUUAUAUUGUCCUAAUUUGACAGACAUGCACUAAAGCCGGAAGGCUAACUCAAAACCAUCUGUGGUGUUUGUAUUAAAAAGUCUGUGAAAUAACAGCACUUUGUUUAUCAUAGCUAUUUGCGUUGCCCUUCAUGAACCCUAAACUCAAUUCAAUAUUUCAAUAUUCUAAUUCUACAAACUGCAGGCUUUCUGUACGACGGUAAAAGGCGACAGGGCUUUGUAAUGACACUUUUGAUUACUGUUAUGCAAAAAGUGUUCAAGAGAUUUGCAAUAUGAAUGUACUUGAAAUUAUUGACAACAUUUGACAAAAGAUUUUUCCUUUAGGUGAAAAGGUUUGGAGAAUUGAGUAUCAGUUUUUGUGUUUUCAGUUGAAAAAAGUCAUGUCGACAGUAUAUUUUGUGGGAUGUCCGUUUUUAUUAUUGUAUUUUUUGUAUAAAUAUGUGUUAUAGUACAGAUUGUAGUACAAUAAUGAUGUGCUGAAGUUCAUGUUAUUAUUAUUUUUUUUUAAUCAGUGGACUAAAAUGUUUAAAUGUGUAAUUCUGUGUUACUGGUAAGGCCCUUCUAACUGGGGGCAGCACAGUGGAUAACAUGCCUUUGCUCUCCUUUGUAUGCAUAUGUUUAUAUCUGUGCCUCUUUUUAUCAGAUGAAAAUUACAGUACAAAAUGAUUCUAAACAAUCUAAGCAAAAUUGUUUUAUGAAUAAAGCA